UCUGUUUUGACUGAACCUGCAACGACACAGACCGUUAUGCACCGACAUCAGCAUCGAAUGUUGCUUUUUGCUUUGCUACAAAGUGUUGAACCCGGCUAUUGCGCUCAAUCACAAACACACAACAAUGCGUGCCGCUAUGGAACCAGAGACACAGCACAGAAUUGAAGUUUUAUCCAAACGACGAUGCAGUACAUUAAAACUGCAACAACAACAACAAUACCACCACCAUCAACAGUACAAUAGCUGGACGAAUUCAGUGGCAAAUCAUCGAUUUCAGGUAUUGCGUCGCAUUCGAAAACGUCAAUUCUUUCAACCAAAAUGGCACACGAUGAAACCAGCAUUCAUGGCACACGAAUCGAUGGCCGGCUCACGGUAUAAGUACAACGGUGGCUAUUCCAUUCUGUGGGAAUUGAAUAAAAUUGAUCGGCAAAUUAAUGUACUUCAAUCGCAAAUUGGCGUUCUCAAACAACAAUUGCGUAUCAUUCAAACACAAUGUGUGCCGACGGAACGGCAUGACACAGUGCCGAGAUUUUCGUUUAUUUUCAUCCAACUUUUAUUCAUGUUCAUUGAAUUGUCGUUCAUUUUCAUCGGAAAUUUGUUGUUCAUUUUCUUGGAAUCGUUCAUUUUCAGCGGUGUGUCGAAUGAAAACAUCAACAGUGCCGUUGUCGACGCCGCCGUUGCCGUCUCCACCACCGUCGCUGUCAAUGUUGACCAUCAACUGCCAAACGUCAAUUAAUCUCAUGGAAAAUCACCGCACAAAAUAAAAGCAAUGUUUCUUCUUUUCAUCGAAAUAAGUUAUAUCAUCCUAAUCUAAUUCAAAUAAAGCUAACAAUUUGUUUUCUUAUAUUCUCA